GAAGGAGUUUGCGCGCUGCAGUUUGUGUAUGUAAACGAUGUUUCUGUCACCUGUGAAACCGUGGAUACCGUCCUUUUACAUUUGAGUGUUGUGUUAUUCAAGUAUUAUUUGUCGAAGUAGAGAAAUGAAGAGCAAAACACCGAGGUCUGUCAACGCAGGAAGCGGCAGAAAGAAAGUACCCAGUGAGGUGUCCCCAUCCACCAGCCUCCCACCUCUGGUCGAGGGCCAUUUGAGAUGCUUCCUACGGGUGACAGUCAGCAAGGUGGAAUGGACAGUUCACAAGCCUCCGACUGCAGUAUUCGUGAGGUUGCGUUGGUGGGGAGAAUCAUCAGACGGGACAGACUUUUUUCCAAGAGAAGGAUUGCGCGUGUCGCAGAAGAUUGUGAAGACCGUGCUCGCUUCCCCAUCGCUGUGGCUCAAAGCAGUUCACUCAUAUCUUGCAGAUAUGGGCUCAUUGUUCUUGGAAGUUCGAACCAAACUGGAUCAUUUGCUGAUUGCACGGGCUCAGGUUGCUGGCAUCUCCCGUCUCUCUGUGUCACAUCCUAUUAGUGGAUUUUAUGCCCUUGUAUCUCCAACUUCUGAAAGGUUUGGAGACCUACAGGUUUCCUUUCAUCUGGAACCUCUGACUGAAACUUAUGACUGCAGCAGUUCUGUUCCCAGUGCUGACUUAAUUGUGCAAGGACCACAAGCCACCCUGACACUGCCCUCUCAGCCCAGACCACUUUCAUUUGUUAGCAAGGUCGACACAGCUGGGAACUGCAGUGGAAACGCACUAAGAGGAAUAUAUUCACAAACUACACAGAAAAAAGGCAAAGAUUCAUUGGAAAACCAGACGCCAACAAAGAAGGAAUGUCAAAAUAGUCAGACAACUGUGAAUCCUUCAAGCCAGGAACCUUGUCAGGACCAAACAAUCAAUAAUGCCAUGUCAGUCAUUCUAGACCAUGGAAACAAACUUAGAAAUGCUAUUUUAGUAUCACCUUCAAAACACAAUGUGGAUUCUGCCACAGCUCUGAAAGACACUCCUGUCUCUCUCUCAAAGGAUAACAUUCUACCACAUUCAAGGGCCUCGCCCCCUCCCUCUGGGAUGUUGCUUGAGAAUGUUCUGCGCACCGAUUCAAAACUUAAGCACUCUGGUAUUGCUGCACUGCCAGACUGCUUCAACCAGGACAGUAGUGCUGACAGUGAGAACUUAGCUGUGGAUUUAUUCAUUGGCAGGUUGAACACAUCCCCUCAACCUCUCUGGGAUGUCGAAGGCUCCUACCUUGAUUCUCUGUCUGGCUGUAGCACUGUGGGCGGAGAUAGCACACUCUUUGACCUGCAAUAUGACCAGAGUCUGCUGGAAAAUUUGUUCUAUCGAUCUCCUAUGUCAAAUAUCGGACAAGAUAAUGCUGAAGGAGAGGAUCACAACACAAAGUCACUGAAUAAAUGGAAUGGAAAAAAGUCUUCAGAUUGGGGUGAAAAAGAGCUGAAACAGUGUGGAGCUAAGGUGUUUGGAGGGCCAAAUUCAGAGCAUCACGAGUCUCUGGGUGAUGUUGGUCUUUCUCCUGGCUUGAGUGCGAAGCAGAUGACACAUUUAAAUUUAAUCCGACUGGCCAAAGUGACUAUUGACUCUCUGACUGUAUCGACUGGCACAGCAGCGACGAUACCAAGAAACACCUCCAACAGAGGGAAACCUCCCCAACCCUUCAUCAAGAAGAAAUGCUCAUAUUUUGUUGAGUACAUGUUUCCAGUACCUUCAACUUCCAGUUGUACUCAGGCUUCAGGUCAGAGGAAAGUGACCAGAGCAGUUUCCAGUAAAGUUACCGAAGGAGAGGUGAAAUUUCAUCACCACUCUGUGUUUCCUGUCAAACUGAGUACAACAGCCAUCAAGAGGUGGUUGGAAACUGAUCUCAUUUUCAAGAUUUAUUUACGGAGAAGCAACCAGAUGAAUCCUGUUGCCAUUGGUAAGGCAGUUCACCCUCUACGCUGUCUCCUGCAGCACAAGGAGCUGAGUCAGUCUCUUGUCUUACCUGUAUUGAGUGAGGACGGUAAUGGUGAAUCCCAGGAUAUUGGUCCACUGAAGGUGUUACUUGAGCUUGCUGCAGACAACCAGGGCUUGCAAUCUGAUAAAAGGGAUGGCAGGUCAGCAUGUAGUGCUACACUACCUUCACGUACUAUAUGCAGUCCUCCAACACUGCACAGCUCCAGAUCUCAGCCUGUUGACAGUGGGAGUAAUGGUAUAACAGCUGGCUGUUUGCCAUCAGAAGGCUUGAGGCUUGGUAUGUGGAAUACUCAAAAAGUGUCAGAGGGACCCUCUCCUCAACCUGGAUUCCAUGCAUCAGCUCGUAAAUUAGGGCAGCAGAUACAGCUAGACUCCCAGAUCCUGCUGCAUACUCUGCUCGUGGUACCAAAUGGAAAGAACUUUGACUGUGGACCCAUGCAGGCUCCCAACGUGUACUUGAACUGUAAGGUUUUUUGGAACGAUGAGAUGGCCACAUCUGUCAUCAGCUGGGGUCAGACAAACCCUUCUUUCAACUUUAUUCAGGUAACUCCUGUGACCUUAACGACCACACUACUGGAAAGGAUGAAGAAUAAUGUUAUGGUGAUCGAGGUUUGGCAGAAGACUAGAAAUGCUGGGAAUGACAGACUCCUUGGCCUUGUUAAAUUACCUCUCCAUCAAUUCUACAUGUCAUUUAGAGAUCCAAAGAUUGUCCAUCUUCUUCUUCAAGCACAGUACCCUGUUUUAGCGGUAGACGGUUUCAUGCCUGUCAUGGAUGUUUUCUCAGGGACCUGCAAGGGAAACCUACGGGUUGUUUUGGCUAUGGGUCGAUCAGAGCAAAUAAUUGCCCUUCAACGUACAAGGGAUGAAGAAUAUGACUCUUUGUCUCCUCUUGUGAGACCAGUUCAUCUGCUUGAUCAUCAGCCACAUUCACAAACAACAGUGUUUGCAGUUCAAGAGGAAGCUAUUAGAGAGCAUCGAUUUGUCAUAAAAGUAGAGAAGGUCAUUGGUCUGAUGCCAGUGCAGUCCACAGUGUGGGGUGAGGCUGACUGUUAUAUCCAGUAUGCAUUCCCCUCUCAGGAAGGCAAACCUGUUGCAAAGAUUGAUCAUAAUCUCAUAGAGAGCAGUGUGAACUUGAAGACAUUUCGUACAACCACCACACUCUGUGUUCCUGACCCAGUGUUUGGCCACAGUGAAUCUCAUGUGCUUUUUGCUCCUGAAGGAGUACCUGUACAGAGGCUACUUCUCAGCUCUCUUUCAAGCCAGGGUCUUAGCAGUGGAGGGGGUGUGCAUUUUGAAGUGUGGUGCAGAUAUUACUAUCCAAAUGUUCGUGAUCAGCUUGUAGCUAAAGGAUUGCUUCCACUGUCCAAGCUCUGUGCCUUGGUUACCAUGCAGAGAGAGCAGCAUAACGAGGCUCAGAUGUUCUCACUGCCCCUUGUUCCCAGAUUUGACAAUCCCACAAGCCAUCACCCACAGCCCUCAGGCCUACUAGAUGUGUCCAUUAACUACAAACACAGAGCUGUAAAGCCUGAUGCACAGAUUGGCAGGGGAGCUGCUUCACGUGUUGUGACACUUGUGGUUCAAGUACACAGAGCAACUGGUCUUCAUGCAGCAGCAAGGAAGUUAUCAGAGCGGGAUGAAAGCCUUCAGUACUAUGCUCUUGCAGGAGUUAACACCUAUGUCACAGUCCAGUUCUCUUUUUUGCCUGAACGUGAAAGAAGGUGCACCCGCAUUGUUGCCAAAACCUUCUGCCCAGAAUUUGAUCACAAUAUGGAGGUGUCCUGUGAUCUGCUGGUUCAAAGGAAGAACACAGAAACGUGCAGUCUAGCCGAGCAGCUGGAUGAAGGUUUUGCUAUUUUCACUGUCUGGAACAGAGAAAAUCCAAAAGGUUUAGCAGUAUCCAAUCCUAAGACAAAGGAUGUGAUGUUGGGCUUUGUAAAAAUAUCAUGUGCUGAACUUAUUCAUAAGACAACAGGUAUUUCUGGCUGGUUUGGAGUUUACCUUCCUGGAGAACCAAGUACUUCUAAGGACUUAGUUGGAGGCCUUGAGAUCUCAAUGAACUUUCUCCGUCAUUCAGACAGAGAACGGGUCAUUCAAGCUGCUCGGAGCUUGGGCUCGGAAAUCACCCAGUGGGACUCUAAACAGCAGGAUGAAGAAGUGUGGGAAGACAGCUUGAAGACAAUAUCUCUAACCUUUUCGGUGCCUCAAGCAUGGAUACCUCUCCAUUGCUUGCUUCUGCCAGACCACAGUGAGCUUAUGCGUUCUACCUACUGCUACUUCAGGUACAAGUUCUACGACCACGAUGCCUUUUGCUCCCCGAUGAAACACCCAUCUGUUGAGGAAAGUGGGGAGGAAAGCCUUGCCUCUGUAGCAUUCCAGGAAAGUCGCACCUUUUUGCUGAGGGCCACCCCGCCCUUGAUGUGGUAUCUUCGAGAGGAGAGAUUUGAGAUUCAGGUGUGGGUUGCAUUUAAGAAGGAAAAAACCAAAAGACCCCGUGAUACAGACCGGCUGGUGGGUUCAGCAUUUGUUGAUUUGUCCUCUCUUGGCAAGACGACCAAGCAGUCGUUGAGACUCAGUGGAGUGUACCCACUGUUCAGACGUGCUGCAUCAGAUCUACACGGGGCUGCCUUAAGGGUGCACAUAAGCCUGACCACAGAUUGCGUCCCUGCCAAGAUUUCUGAUGAAAUAGACAACCAGGUGGACACUAAUAGUGAAGGGGAGAUCUUAUCAGAUGAGAUGGAAGCAGCCAAUCAUGUCCCUUCACCUCCUGCAUUCAAACAAUCACAAACUGGACAACAGGAUAAUUUUUCAAGAACCACUGAAGACAUUACGUCUGUGCAGCAUGUAGAAACCAGUAUGGAUGAGUCUUUUGCUGUGACUGUUGCAGUGGACAGGGCUAUGCACCUGAGUCUAAAAGGCUGUCCUCUAGCUGAGCGCAGUGGAGGAAUGCCCUGUUGCUGUGUUUCAUAUGUCACUGCUGACAGUGCUGAACCAGUGUCCACCUCUGUCAUAACAAACAGUGACUGCCCUGUGUGGGUCCAUCAGCAGGAGUGCAGACUGUCAAAGCAGCUGCUGGUUGAUCCACAACAGUCUCUGGUGUUCAAAGUUUGGCACAAAGGAGAAAUGGAGCGGGUUAUAGGGUUUGCCUCUGUAGAUCUGUCCCCCUUGCUCUGUGGGUUUCAGUCUGUGUGCGGCUGGUACAACAUCACAGGUUUCAGUGGGCAGUGUCAUGGUCAGCUCAAGGUGUCCAUCACCCCCAGAGAGAACAUGUGCAACAUCCAGGGACAGACAAGAAGAAGUGUAACCGAAGAAGUUGUCAAAACCUCAUCUGAUUUGUGCCCUCUCACCUACCAUACCACAGCAACAUACAGCAGCUUCCCUUCUCACAUCAGUCAGUAUCUUGAACAAAAGAUCUCUUCCUCUGACCACAGAGAACAGCAAUUUACUGCUCGAUCACCUGGAAGUGACCGUCAUGAUGAACACAUGGAUAAAGUACGCCUUUACCAUCAGAGUCUGCAUGAGCAAACAGCAACUCGUUCUGAGUGCAGCAGCACUGCUGUUGGCAACAGUCCGUCCACCUCAGUCCUGUUUUCAGCACUCAGGAAAAACCUAAGUGAACUUGACAACAUACAGAAAUACUUCAGUCACAAGCUUUUAAUUCCUGAAUUUCCACCGAUGAAAGAGCAGCACAGUCGUACUGACCCAGAACAGACUCCACAAGGACACCAUUUGAGUUCUACUGCCUUUGACAUCCAGAGGAAUUCAUCCUCUCCCCCUACUGGCGAUGAUGAUAUCACUCUGCAUAUCUCCAGACCAACAACACCUUCAGAAUCGUCCAGAGAAGACACAUCACCUUUACCUUCACCUCUAACAAGGAUGUGUGAAGAUCAUGUGUGUUCUGGAGCUGAAGAACAAAAGGACUGUGACAAAUACAUUAACACUGUGUGUGAGGAUGAAAACAAUGAAGAUGGAGAUAUCAUAGCUUGCAAAAUGGAGGAAGAGAUUGUGGAAGAUGAUGAAGAUUCUGAUGAUUUUGUGGCGGUUGUUGUAAACCCUCGACAUCUAAACGAAGUAACAUCUGUAACAGACAAAACCAGUCCUUGGACAAGCAUCCUGUCAGACACUGAGGCUAUUUCUGAGACAUGUCUGGAGUCAUCAGAUGAUCCUGACCUAACUGAACAUGAAGAAACUCAGCAGUCAUGCUCACAGAUAAAUCAGGCAGAUGAGGACCAGACAGAAAACCACAAAUACGCCAGAGUAGAGGAAAGUAUCCAAACAGACUUUGAUGCAUUGGCAGGGGACACUUCAGACUCAAGGAGACAUGGUAUCAGUCCGUUAGAUCUACAUGAGGGCCAAGGAGACGAGCCCAAUGGCAGUGAGCAGAAAAACUGUGAAGGUUCAUCGUCCAGCCAAGAGACCAUUAUGGAUGGUUCACAUUCCCCGCACAAUCAAGAUACACAGCUCCAACAAUUAAGCUUGAAUCCUGUGGAGGUCCCUAAUUUCUUCCUUCCCCCUCACCAGCUGGAGGCAUCUCUGAGAGCAAUACGUUUAGCUCCUUCUUUCUCACAACCUUUCAGUGACACAGGGUUGGGUUCUUCAGUACAUAUUCCCCAUCGUAAAGGGCCAAGACAGUCCGUAAUGUCACCAUCAUCCAUGAAGAAAGAGACUGCAAGAAUAGCAAAAAUAUUUACCACCCACUUUAAUGAGGAUCAUUAGAAUUUGACUGAUUAUUAAAAAAAAAAUCCCAUGCUGUUGCCACUUUGUUCUUCCAGUAUUAAAUUAUUAUGUAAAUUAAUUGUAAUAUUUUGUAUUUUAUAAUAAAUAUUUUUGAA